AUGGAUACGAACACGGUCUUACAAACAGAUUAUACAGAAUUUUACGAUGUUGAAAAGUCUAAUACAGGAUUGAAAUUCAAUAUUGGGUCAGUGACGUACGGUCAAAGCAAAGAUAUUAUUAUUCCAGUUUCAACAAAGCAAAAUCGACUUGAAUCACCCCCCUAUCUGAGUGUGUCAUUGCAAUACACCUCUCCUCAUAAACAAUCUUUAGUUAAAUUGAAGGUGGAUAGAGAGACUCUAGAUGUAUCAGAAAAUAGCAUUAAUAAUAUUAUGAUUCAUCGUUAUCGAUUAGAAUUUGUUCAUAGAGUCAGAGAAGCCAUGAAUUUAAUGCUAAAGAAUGAUAUGAAAAAUGCUCAAAAAGUAAUAGAAAAAUUAGAACUGGAGAUAAAAUCAUCAAAUGUUCAAAAUCAUCCAUUUAUUAUUGACUUAUUAGUAGAUUUAACAGGUCAAGUGACCGAAGCAUUAUCAAACAGAGAGUGGUUCGAUCGUUGGGGUAAACACUAUUUACCGUCGCUUACUCGUGCUCAUUUGCUGCAAAUUUGCAAUAAUUUUAAAGAUCCUGGUGUACAGCAUUAUGGUAGUAAAUUAUUUAAUGCAAUUCGUGACGACAUGGAUGAGAUAUUUUGCAAGUUACCAGCUCCAAAACCAUCCACUAAAUACCCAUAUAAUAAUACAGUAUUACCAGUCAAUAUGCGUGUGUUUAAUAAUGCAAGUGCAGGGUGCUUUCACGGAAAAUGCCUCGUUUUAUUGGCGGACGGGAACACUAAAUUUGUCAAAGACGUUCGUAGAGGGGAUAUUUUACAGACACCAGAUUCAGUAACCAACGCUACUGUUACUUAUGUUAUGAAGAGUAUAUGCUUUAACGAUAAAACAACCAUGGUCAGUUUUGGUAAUGGUUUAAUUAUUUCACCGUGGCAUCCAGUUCGAAUAGAUGGUAACUGGAUAUUUCCUUGUGAUAUUGGACAUGAAUCAGAUAUUGAAUGUGAAGAAGUGUUCAAUUUCGUACUUGACGGUGGUCAUAUUGUUAUAAUCAAUGGCGUUGAAUGUGUUACAUUAGGACAUAAUUUUAAAGGCAAAGUGAUUGAACAUCCAUAUUAUGGUACAUCGAAAGUUUUAGAUGAUUUACGUAAGCUAGAUACGUCAAACAGUGGCUACGUGGAAAUAAAACCAAACUGGUUUGUUCGUGAUUAUCAAAAAACUGGACUUGUAUCCCGAAUUUUAAACAUUAAUGUUGGAGCGUAA